AUGUCGGUAUCGAGUAGCAAGCAUCCUAGUAAUGAUGCUAAUGUUGCAAAUCAGUCUGUUCAAGGUGUCAGCCACUUGAUAGUUGUUCAAAUUAUGGCCAAAUUGCUCACUUUUGUUUUGAAUCAGUUGAUAAUCAGGUACUUAUCACCGUCAAUUAUUGGUGCAACUACAUAUUUGGAAUUCAUUUGUUCAACAAUACUAUUUUUCAGUCGAGAGUCAAUUAGAUUAUCCGUGCAAAGAGUUCGCAAUAACUCGAAUAAUAAAGAUUAUGUUGCUCAAAAAGUGAUUAAUUUUGGAGUUUUAGCAAUAGCAUUGGCUUUCCCUAUUUUCUGUGCCAUUGGGUAUUGGCAACUCAAUUAUUCACUGGUGAUGGAUAAGUUGUUUUUAUCUCCCUUUUAUAAACCGGUUAUUGUCUUGUUUGUAGCGCUGGUCAUUUUGGAAUUGCUUGUUGAGCCUAUAUACUGUUUGUAUCAAUUCCAAUUGGAUUUUGGUAAGCGGUCAAAGUUCGAAGGGUCAGCUAUUUUUGUCAAAUGCAUAGUUUCGGUUUUGUCAAUUUUACUUGCUCGACAGUAUUUUUUUGGUCAGAAUUUUGAAGCUGCAGCAAUUUGUGCCUUUGCCUUGGCUCAAUUUGGUUAUUCAAUGACUUUAUUUGCAUGUUACUUCACAUCCUUUAAAUUUGAGUUUCAGAAUCAUGAAAUAAAAUACAGUUUGGUCAAACUAAAAGAUGAGAACGCAAGGGAAUUUUAUUUUGAAAGGGACACUUUAAUCAUUGUUAAAGGAUUUUUUGUACAAAUGAUUUUUAAGCAGUUUCUCACGGAAGGGGAUAAACUACUUACUAGUCAUCUCUGUACAAUUGAGGAACAGGGAAUGUAUGCUGUUAUGGCAAAUUAUGGCUCAAUAAUUGCGAGAUUGUUGUUCCAACCAUUGGAGGAGUCAACACGAUUAAUGUUCACAAAACUCUUAAAUGAUAAUUCAGGCUCUGAAACAGAGGAGAAAACCAAGAAACUGGAAUCCUCCAAGUAUACUCAGACAUUUAAUUAUUUGAAGUUAAUAUCAAUUUUUUACUUUAAUUUGAGUUUGAUUAUUUUGUUUGCAGGUGUCACUAGUGGUCCGUAUUUGCUAAAGCUUUUAAUGGGUGGAAGAGCUUCCAACUGGGAAAAUACAGAUAUAUUUAAACUUUUCCCCCAAUACAUAGUGUAUCUUCCAUUUCUUGCUUUUAAUGGAAUUUUGGAGGCUUUGUUUUCAAGCAUGGCAACUAAUUCAGACUUGAAAAAUUUUUCAAAAUUCAUGACAUUAAUUACCAUCUUGGUGUUGCUAAUUCUGUUCUUACUUAUUGAUGCUUUGAAUUUAAGAAUAUCGGGCUUAAUUUUGGCAAACAUAUUUAACAUGAGUUCAAGAAUAGGGUAUUGUUACUUUAAGAUUUCAAAAUUCUAUUCAAAUGAACAUGUGAAAAUCUCUUUUGUCGAUAUCAUCAGAUAUAGUUAUCCAUCCAUUAUGAUUACUUCAAUAAUAUGGAUAAUUCAGUUUUUCAUAAUAGGACAAAAUACCACUAAUUUUUCACAGUUAAUCCUAAACGCUUGUUUUUCAUUUGUGUUGUUAAUACUAUUGAUGAUUGUGGAAAGCGAAAACUUAAAGAAACCAUUUGAAAGAGUGACAGGUAAGUUAUUGAAAACUAAAUUAGAUUAA